AGAUCAGAUCAGUCUGGCCAGUCAUUCGUGAAUGUGAUGAUCGUUAAGUAGCAUUGUUAUUGUCAUUCAGUUCCUUCACUUCCCCCUCCCCCAUCAACUUCCUAUUUGCAUCGUUUUCGAUACAUUAGCUCGUUCGUUAUUAUCCUACGUCCGGUAAAACUAGACGCAGGUUCAUCAAGUAAAUUAUGUCAAACGUAGUAGUUUGUGGUAUUAACGUGAGAGAGUGAUUAUCUCGGUCUCGGUACGAUAAUAGUUUUAUAAUAUUCAUUUUUCUCGUUAGAGAAGUCAACACAUCUACGCACACAGACACACACACGCGCGCGCACCACGAUUGAAGCAGGAGUUCUAUCUGCCGUGUUUAACGGUCUACUAUCUCAUACAAAUGUAUAUAUAUCGUUUGAGAUGUAAAAUCAGUGUUCCUUUGGUUCUCUUUCGUAUUCGUCCUCACGCAAAUGCGUACACUUGUGGGCCCUUUUUUGCUGUGGAGGGAAUGCUGACGCUGCAACAUCCUUCAGUGCGGAAGAUCGGCAAAAAAUGGGGUCGAAGCGACGACGUAUCAGAAUAAGACGAGGACCGCUAACGUAAUCGAUUUACAGCGCGUCGAAUAGGAAAGAUGAUGAUCGCCAUGGCCAGGUUGCCCUGUAAGCAAUCCUCGCCUUCGCAACAGCAAAGAGUGAAUAAUUUCGGAAAUAGUCGUAAUUCGUAUUGGGAUAUUCAAGCUAGGGAUCCAACACCACCUUACGUUAGAAAUCAUCAUCGGCACGUUGAUCACACAGGAAAACGUAAGAGUGCAGUGGAAUUAUUGCAAGAGACGAAAGCAUUUUACGUGAAAAGCGAGACCGUGCUGGAUCGGAAACAGGAACUCAAGAAUAGCGGGCAUCUUCAAGUAUCUCAGCUAAGUGCAUCUAGUGCACCACCUAGGUUACUUAGGAAGUGUGGAAAUACAGCUGUACCGUGCUCGAUACAAUCACCCUCGCCGUCACAAAUAUCUAAUCCUGUAACGCCACCCUGUUGUUGGGCCACGUGUCAUGAUCAAGAUAGAACAGAUGGGAUUUUGAGUCCUCAACAAACACUGCCACCCGCGCUGCCACCAAAGAGCCCACGCUUAGUCCCUCUUCCGCAGCGGCGCACUAUUUCAGGGCCACCGAGUGUUACGAGCGGGGAUCAAUUGCAGACGAAAUUACGGAGAUUACUCAACACCGAUAGCAAGGAGAACGUCUUCUUCCCGGAAAGCCCAACUCAGGCAUGCCUUCAAACGACGAACGGUGUUGUCACCCGCGAGGAAAAGUUCAAAUAUUCACCUGGCAGCUUAUCGCCCGGCUGCCGAGACGAUGAUCGUGCGUUGCAUUGUACACCGCCAGACAUUCGCUUCAAAUUUGGUCGAAGUAAUUCGCAUUCUCAUACGUCUGGUCCAGCAAGCAGAAAAUCCAUAGCUUCUCCAUCGGCAGAGAAUACAAUUUGUCAUAAAUCUUUGCCUGAUCUUCACACCAGUACGCAUCGUCGAGCUUCGUUAUCGCCACGUACGUCGACAAAAUCAUCUGCCAAACUACUUGGACAUCAUUAUGGAGCUAACAAUUGUCCAGAUUGCGAGACUAGUUCGGAUUAUUCCGAACAUAGUUUCAAACGUGAUGCUGUCUAUUAUCGCAGUACGCGUCACAUCAGACGUUCGUUUGGCUCUGGCGGUGGGGAUGCCAGUAGUGUUCUAUCAUCCGGUGGCAGAACACAGAAAUCGUCUGGCUCAAGUAAAUUGAGCCAUGGCGCUACCGCAAGGGAUUCUGGUGGAUCCUCUGGGCAUUGUACUCAUCGUAGUGAACCACCACCAAGGUUACAGGAUUAUUGGACUCACGUACGUAGAGACAGUGGUGCAUCGACCCAACAUUCGACUGAUAAAAAUCGUUCGAGAAAGGGCAGUUAUGCCAGUGGUACACCACCUUCUGUCGUGAGACAUUAUAGUUCUGAUACUGAAAGCAGCGAGAGUCAAACUGAUUACAGUCCUACUUGUAACUCUAGAUUCUCAGACGGUUGGAAGGAAGGACGUGGUAGACCUAUUUUGAGAUCAAAAUCUGAUAUAAGCGAUCGUUAUUGGAGGCAAGAUAAUGGUAGAACGUGCAAGUUAUCAGCACGUGCACCACGUUCGGUGACACUGUUGGAGAAUUUCUUUGAUUAUUUGGGUUUAGAUUUAGAGAAUUAUCAACUUAUCACUGAACCCGAUUCGAAAUCUUCGUCACCUGUAUUCUUCGAUAGUGUUAGCUCGGUCGACUCAGCGUCAGGUCUUUAUUCUUGGAUUGGAAAUAAUCAGGCAAAUCAGGGUAGUCAAUGGCAGAAUAAUAAUUGUAGCAUUGGUAUGGGUAAUGACGAUUUUAAUCAAAGAGUUAACGAUCCACCUAGUAUCGUUGAAAGAAAUGCUCGAAUUAUUAAGUGGCUCUGCCAAUGUCGUAAGGUACAGUUUGGUUACAGUUAAAUAUUGCGAUGUUUCUCUUGGUAAGUUAUGAUAUUUUCA